AUGGUGUUUAUAAUUGGCACAAUUUCGGCCGUAUAUGUUUAUUCCGUCCCAUCGACAUGGAAUGUUGGUGCUAGUGAUGGUGCACUUAAGCACGAAACUUUCCUCCGAGCUAACAAUCAGGAUGAAAAUAAAACAUUUGCUGCUGCUAUUCGGGCCUGCGAAAGAGCAAUUGGUCGUGAAUUGAACAAGGAUCAAAUUCAGCAAGUUCAUCGUGCAAUCAGCAAACAAGGCUAUGGGUACCAUGAAAUUGUCGAAGAAUGCGUUGCUAUGUUUGGCUAAAUUUUAGUUUUCAUAUGACUAUUCUUUGUUUUCAUUGCUGCAAACAAAUUUUUUCCACAAAAGUGAAUAAAUAGUCGAGAAAUUAAUGAAGAGAAAGGGUCCAAAUGCAAAUGUGUGUACCUAAAAUUGAAUGUCUAUCAUUUGCCACAACUUGCAAUUCCCUGAAUUGGUCCCUAAAAAAGAUCCCUAAAUUAAUCCCUAUUUUGUCAUCAGAACAUACGAUAGCGUUUCAUGUAUCCACAAAUAGGAAUUCGAUGCAGGGAGUGAUUUAGGGAACCACAAUUUGUGGCAAAUGAUAACCUACUCUUAAAAUUCGAGUAAGAAUGAUUUCUCCUUUUUAUUAGAACAAUGACGCAUGCAGAGGCAGAUCACUGAGAAACUCUCGCUACUUGCGAAUAUUAUAAAUGAACUUCGAUCAAGUUCUUGCCGAGAAUCGAACUUUAAACUAAUUCUAUUUAUAGAGUAUAUUACUUCUUCAUCAAUUAAAGCACUAAGAGUGUGGGUGUUGGUGUGGGUGUGGGUGUGGAGCGCGGGUGUGGGUGCGGAUGGGAGUCUACUCUUUCCACACCCACACCCACACCCACACCCACACACCCACACCCACACCCACACCCACACCCACACCCACACCCACACCCACACCCACACCCACCCAC